AUGGAGGUUCGGCUCGACAUCGCCGAGGAAGCGCUCAAGGUGUUCGUGGCGGCGCUGCAGUGCCUGUCGCAGGUGGGCAAGGAGCUGUCCAUCGAGUGCGACCCGGGCGCUCGCCGCCUGACACUGCGCGCGCUGAAUGACGCGCACUCGGCGUCAGGCCAAGUGGUGCUGGACCGGACCUUCUUCUCCGAGUCGCAGGGCGGGCGCAGCGUGACGCUCGCGGGCGUGGACAUCGCGUCCAACGAGAUGCUGCGCGCGCACUUCAACGGGCGCACGCCCUUCGUCAAGUGCAAAGUGUUCGCGAAGUCGUGCUGCAACGUCUUCCGCACGCUCAAGCACGUGCAGAGCGUGCAACUGGCGCUGCUGGUGGACAAGGACGCGCUGGACCAGGCCACCGCUGCCAGCCAGGAGGACACGUCGCAGGCCAGCGAGGUGGACGAGGUGGACUUGGACUGCAUGGAGCUCACGUGGCGCCUGCGCUGCGACUUCGACAUCACCAAGACGCACCACAUGAAGGUGCAGGCGUGCCAGAUCAUGCGCGCCCUGUUCGACAAGAGCGCGAGCCCCAGUCGCUGGCGCACGCGGCAGCACCAUCUGAGCUCGCUGCUCACGCACAUCCACCACAGCGGCGAGGUGAGCGUCACGUGCUCGCCCACGCACGUCAAGUUCGAGAGCUACUUCUCCAACUUCACGGACAGCAAGGCCCAGCUGCAGACCGAGACGGCGGUCGAGAGCCUCGAGUUCAGCGAGUACAUCCUGCAGCCGCCAGCUGAUGACAGCGUUGACGCGGCGGCCCAGCUGAUCUUUUGCAUCAAGGAGAUCAGGGCGCUACUGGCGUUCUGCAAGGCGAGCGACGUGUUGGAGGUGUCGUUCUACUUCAGCACAGCAGGGAGCCCGGUGCUGUUUGCGGCCGAGUCGACGUCUAUGGCCAAGUUCUCCAUCGAGAUGACGCUGUCCACCGUGACGACGUUCCUCCCGGCGUCAUCUCAGACGCGCAGCGAGGAGGAAGUCACGCUCUUCGCCAACGGUCAAACGCUGUCGCUAUCGCAGACUUCAUCACAGGAGAACCCGCGCUACCUCACACACAGCAAGCGUCCGCGCGUGGACUGA